ACAACGCGAAAAGGAGCUUGUACAGUACAUCGAAUCCCUUACUAAGAGGCGUACACCACCUUCGCGUCCAAUAAUACGCCAUCUUGCGUCAUCCUUGCUUGGUAGAGACGUUUUAGAACGCUGGGUUUCUAGGUUCCUUUGCAGGAACUCCUCUCAUCUUAUCUCUCGCUGGCAGAGUCCUAUGGACUAGAAGCGUCACAAGGCUGAUUUAGCAACCAAGUAUAGGUUGUACUUUGAGCUGUUACAUAAUAAGAUGAAGGAGUAUAAUAUACAGCCCUCUUACAUCUUCAAUAUGGAUAAAAAGGGCUUCUUACUUAGAAUCUUUGGAAGGUCUAAAAGGAUCUUUAGUAAGAGGCAAUAUGAAAGAGGAGGAGUUGUUUUAAGCCUACAAGAUGGCUCUAGAGAGUGGAUUACAGUCCUAGCCUGUAUCUGCUCAGAUGGUACACCUCUUUCUCCAUCUCUCAUCUUUUAGUCAGAUGCUGGAGCUCUAAAAUCAGCCUAGGUAGAGGCUAUUAAUCCAAACAAGCACUCAGUCUUUGUUACCUCAUCGCCCUCUAGAUGGACUAACAAUAAUAUAGG